CUUGUCGACAUCAACUUCAUCAUUCGCCACGAUGACAGAGAUGACUGACGUAUCCUGUCCGCUACCCAGUGAACAAGAGAAUGCAGAUCAGGCCAAAGGAAAUCCUACUCUUGACUCGUCGACCUUUAUUCCACCAGUUCCACUGGCAUACCCCAGCAUUAUCAUAGAAUUCUGCGACCGAUGUCGAUGGCUCCACCGAGCAACCUGGGUUUCCACAGAAUUGUUUCUUACAUUUCCGCCUCCAGCCUUGAAGGCAAUAUCAAUCAUUCCUCUGAAUUCUGAGGAAACUGGAGGUCGUUUCAGGGUCUGGCUCAACCUCGAAGGCAGUCCCCCCCAGUUGAUGUGGGACAGGAAGAUCGAGGGUGGUUUCCCGGAGCUGAAAGGUCUGAAACAGCGCAUCCGCGACCACGUACAACCUGGCAAAUCGUUGGGUCAUUCGGACAAAAAGAGUGAAUAACGUGUCCAAUAUCCCUUGUCGAAGCAGUUUGUGAAUAAGAAACGGUGCAAUACUACGUCACAAUACAUAUACUAUAGAGUGAUCAUUCGAGCGUAACUCUAAUGUAAAUUAUAGUGAGAAUUGGUGUCGUUGAAUAAGUCCGUGUCG